AUGAAGCUGCUAUUCAUUCUCGCCGUCACUCUAGCGUUUGCGCUAGCAGACGAAUUUGAAAUGGAAGAAGAGCCACUGGAUGAUCUGCAGGCGGCUGCUUCUAUGGAGCUUCAAAAGUCUGAGCGACGGAGUCCACCUUACUUUCCACAAAAACCGUGGAAUCCCCCAUCAAAUAAUUAUUAUAACACAGUAAUUCCCCCUGUCCCAUCCGUCGCACCGACACCGGAUGCACCUUCACCUCCAGCUUCCCAAAGUGGUUACUUCUCAACUCAAAAUGAUCCUCCGCAAAAUUCUUAUUACCCACAAAAUAAUUACAACAACCAACCCUCCAACACAUGGGAGAACCAAAAUACGUGGAGCAAUAACCAAAAUCAAAACACGUGGAACAAUCCUCAGAAUUCGGGGACCCAGAAGCCUCAAAACUCAUGGACCGAGAAACCUCAGAAUACUUGGACACAGAAACCUCAGAACUCCUGGACUCAGAAGCCUCAAAAUUCAUGGACUGAGAAACCUCAGAAUUCUUGGACACAGAAACCUCAAAAUUCCUGGACCCAGAACAAUUGGAACAAUCAGCAAACUACCAGUUCACCAAACCAACCCCAGAAUACCGGUUCGCAAAAUUGGAACAAUCAAAACACAAACAAUUGGAACAACUGGAAUCAAACGCCAUCGUCCACAACCUCAACUACAACUCCUACUUCAGUAAUAAAGAACGAACAAACUAUCGGAGACAAUGGCAGCUACAAAUAUGAAUACGAGUUGGCCGACGGAACGCACGUAGCUGAACAAGGCUAUGCCCUAAACCCUAACACCGCUGAAGAAAGCAUUGUGAAGAAAGGCUUCUACUCCUUCACUGGUGGGGACGGCAAAGUUUACACCGUCACCUAUUGGGCCGAUGAUACCGGCUUCCACGCAAUUGGUGACCAUCUGCCUACACCACCACCGGUCCCGGCAGCGAUUCAAGCAGCGAUCGACCAAAACGCCAAAGAAGAAGCGGCGAAAGCUGAAGCCGAGAAGAAUAAACAACAACAGCAACAGCAACAGGGUGGCUACUAUCCCCAAGGUCAAGAGACACCGAAGCCGAUACAGCCGGCGCAACCUACCCCGGCUCAGCCCCAACAGCCAGUACAAUCUCAAUACCCCCAACAGACUUAUUACCCCCCUCAGCAGCAACAAACCUACUAUCCACCUACAAACUACUACCCUCCUCAGGCUGGAUAUGGUCGGUAA